AACAAAUACUCCUACGGCGCCGUUUCAUGACCUAUAUGAGAUUGCACCGUACAUUUGCCCUUUUACCGCCAAGUCCUUGUCCGACCCGCAUUACGCUCCGAAAGUCCUCUCACCUCCUCGGCCCCAAAUUCCUGCAGAUAGCGUGGUCAAUAGACGUUACUACAUUCCGUGUGGAGGAUUUUAAGAGGAAUUCGAGUAGUUGGCGGCUUUUGGAACUUGGGCUCGGAGACGGCCGUGGUGAGGUAGCAGCUGAGGAGUAUUCUCAUAUCCCGGCAACCGCAGACGACGUCGUUCUUGGAACUAAGGAACAACUUUACGAUCUUACAAACAACUUCCGUCGAUAGUUUUGGAGAAUCCGACAGAAGACUAUUUUCUGAUUGCGCAAAUAGUUCAUCGACUGCAAAGGUACUAGAAAGGGUAGCAGUUCUUCUACUAAAACGUACGGUCAGUAGUCUGCUAACAUGUUAGGGCAAGUCAAAUUUAAUAAAAAGGUAUUAGAAACUAUUACCUGGCUAUCCUUGAUUUUCUAACCUUAAAAGUAAAUUCCUGGAAUAUGUGGUGGAAGCAUGGCAAGUAUUUGUGCGAAUUCUGAGUAGUAUUUGUCAAAUAUAGGGAUGAAUGUCUUGUAUUGAUUGUUGUAAUGUUGAAAUGUUUCUAGAUUCAAUAUAUCUUCAAAAUUCAAAACA